CUUUCUUGUCAGUGUCACUGUCAAGAAUUGAAAAAGAAAACAACACAACACGAUUUUCGGUAUUUUUAUGUGGAUUGCUGACGUGUUUAAUUAAAGUCUUAAUAUAAAACGAGAUUUGUGUUACCUACUUUACCACUAAAUAACGAUUAAACAGUUUCAUUAUGAGGAAGCUCAAAGGAACAGUUAAAGAAACAGCGCGGCAAAAACGCGAAAGAAAACAGGAGUUCGCCAAAAUGCGACAACAAAUACACACCAUCGUACUACCAACCUUCGCAGUUAUUUUUCUCUUGAUAUGCAUCUAUGUAUACUUCAAGACGAGACCUUCCAGCAUGCAAUAUGCAUAACGGAUGCAUGUUAAUUAUUAGGGUGUGUAAAUA